UUAAGGACAGAUUUGCAAAUUUCUCAGUAAAUGCACCAAUUCCCGAGAAUCAGAGGUAAGGACAAGGGAAGAUGGAAGCGACAUACGACGAAGUCGGAAGGGGAAGAAGUUUUCGUCGGUCAAAAAUCCCCAUUACGAUUCUCCUUCUGUUAAUCUUCUCAAGCUCCGGCGUUUAUGCUUCGUCCGAAGAAUCCGGUGGAAGAACGGUGAUUGAAGCGCGAACUGGACAAGAUUCGGUGAUAUGGGUUGUUCAGCUCUCCGAUCUCCAUUUCAGUGUUCAUCAUCCCGACAGAGCCCUCGACUUCAAGAACAUAGUGGGUCCUGCUCUUUCCUUGAUCAACCCUUCUCUUGUCCUGAUUACCGGUGAUCUCACAGAUGGGAAAAGCAAAGAUUUGUUAACAAUGAAGCAAAAUGAAGACGAGUGGUUAGAAUACGAGAAUGUGAUUAACGAGGUCGUGAAAAGAAGCGGACUUAACAAGAGCAUAUUCUAUGAUCUCAGGGGAAACCAUGACAAUUUCGGUGUUCCUGCUGUCGGUUCUUCUGUCGACUUCUUUUCAAAGUAUAGCAUCAAUGGACAGAUUGGAAGAAGAGGAAAUGUCAAUAGCGUAACUGUUGAGACCGGUAAACGUAAGCAUCUGUUUGUAGGUGUUGACACCACAAUGCAUAUUGGUCUGCGUGGCCCGACAAAUCUCCUUGGGCACCCGACUGAUGAACUUUUGAGUGAGCUCGAUUCACAGCUAUCGCAAUGGGGAUCCCAACCGACAAAGCCUGUGACGAAAAUUUCAUUUGGACAUUUCCCUUUGUCAUUCUCAGCAUCAUCGGAGUCUCAAAAGAGCCUAAAAGAUGUGUUCCUGAAGCACUCCGUCUCUGCUUAUCUGUGUGGCCAUCUUCACUCGAGCUUUGGCAAGAACCUUAAAAGACACCACCAGUCUAGUGGCAUCAGCCUAUCAGCAAAUAACUUGUUUCAGUUGGAUAUGAGGCCAAGUAGUGCUGAAAUUAGUAAGAACUGCUCAUUUGGAGCCGUGCCAAUUGCUGAAUUCUGGGAGUGGGAGAUGGGUGACUGGAGAAAAAACAGAGCAAUGCGGAUUGUGGCCAUUGAUAGGGGUCAUGUUUCGUAUGUUGAUCUUGACUUCAAGUCGAAAUCUCUAAAGACUAUUAUAUUGCCAACCUUUCCUUUAGAUUCACGUUUCAUGUCAACAUCCUUGGCACACCACGGGUAUGAAUGCCAACAUAUGGUCUCAUCAUCUUAUGACACAGUACGAGCAAUUGUCUUUUCUCAUUCCCUAAUUGUGGGAGUUGUAGCUAGAGUUUAUGAUUCAAGCCCAGGCUUCUACAAUCUGGUAAUGGAAGCUCCAAUGAGAGAACACGGAGAUGCUGCUGCUUCUUCUUCUUCUGGGGCAAGGAUUUAUGCAGUUCCAUGGAAUUAUAGGGCUUUUGAGGAUCCCUCACCUGAUAGAUUCUGGCUGCAAAUAGAAGCAACUGACAUCACGGGCAGAUCAAUUUUGUCAGAACGGCGACCAUUUUCCGUCAAUGGUCUAAGCUCUAAGGUCUCAUGGACAUGGAAUGAGUUUCGUGUUAUGGGUUGCCAGUGGGCUGCCCUAUAUCACCCUAUCCUUUGGUCUGCUCUGUAUUGUCUAAUUCUCAUUCUUGCUAUCCCCAAAUGCCUUCUCAUUGUUUUCAAGAAGCGAUACACAUACAAGACGUUCAUUGCCAAGAAGGGAUUGAUUACUCUUACAUUGUGGAUUCUACAAGAACUCUGCAGAAUUCCUGUAGUUUGGUUCGGAUAUAUGGCAUACAUAAUCUAUCUCAUUUUCUUUCCUUGGUUUUCUGGGAAUGUUUUCACGGGUGUGGACUACAGGGCAUACAUGACUAUCAUGGGGUGGGCGGUAACAAGUUCAGGUAGGAAUGGGAAGCAUGAUUACAUUGGACACCCUGAUGUAAUGGUGGUAGUUAUACCGCAUCUGGUGUUUGUUGUUACACCUAGUAUUUUGGUCACAAUAUGUUUGUUUGCCGAGAGGGAAAUCUAUAAGGAACAUGUUAGAUCUGUCUCUGGGAAGAAGGAGGAUGAUCACAGCAGAGGAAAGAAGAGAUCUCGAAUUUCGUUGUUCUUUUCUAACAGAAGGGUGAUUCAGAAACUACUAAUGCUGGCUUCCUUGGCUGUGUACUGGAAGCAUUUCAAGAACUGUUGGGCUCUUGCUAAAGCAUAUGAGAUGAAUCCGGUCCUUCAUUUCCCAGUCUACGCAUUCACAGUUCCAGUGUUGCUACUUUACGCCAUCUUCAAAACCCAGAAGGUUCAAUGAGCAUUUUGGAGAACACGCUGUUGGAAGGUUGGUUACUGUUCAUGAAUGAUCAGAUCAGAGGUUUGUCUGAAAAAUCCUAUGAGGUCACAGAGACAGCUUUUCUUGUUUUCGGUUUUUCCUUGUCGAUUAGAAUGAUAGUCUGAUCCAAUACAAGGCUAUAUUGCAAGUUCCUUCUUCGAGGAGGAAAAAUCUAUCAGGAACCCUGCCAUGUCGUUUUGCUGGUUUGUGAACACGGGGUUUUCCAUUUUGAAUCAAUCAAACUUCUUCUUGGGUUUGUCUGCUU